UUCUGGAACUUCCGAUCUGUCUUCUCAUCUCUCUCCUCUCUCCAUUUCAUCUUUAUUAUCAAUCCGUAUUUGCCAGAACCUUCUAGAACUUCAAAGACACAAACUCAAUCACAAUCUCCCUCUGUCUCUCUAGCUUUGAGAUCAAACGUGUGUUCGUCACGGGCUCCUUUUCGGAUUGUGGCAAUCUCUUUUGUUGGUUGGUGUAAAGAGAACAAUUUUUUUUGGAGUGUUUUGGAUUUGGUUUAAAGACAUCUCUUUUCUCUCCUGCGUCUAUUUUUUUUUUGUAAUUCGGAUCUCAUGAUUCGAAAUUUCUUCAAGCAACAACAAUAAGUAAAACAAAAAUAGCUCAUUUCCAUUGUUCAGGUUUUUUGAGGUGUGUGGAUCUAAAACUCAUGCCGGGGGAACAGACCGGAGAAACUCCGACGGUUGCCGGAGUUGGCGGCGGCGGUGGUGGUUGUAGCGCCGGGAACAGUGGCGGAAGUAGUGGAUGUGGCGGCGGUGGUGGUGGCGGAAGUGGUGUUGGUGGAGAUUCGCAGAGGUCAAUUCCGACGCCGUUUUUAACGAAAACGUAUCAGCUUGUGGAUGAUCCGGUUUACGACGAAUUGAUUUCGUGGAACGAAGAUGGAUCAACUUUCAUCGUGUGGAGACCAGCUGAAUUCGCUAGAGAUCUUCUCCCAAAAUACUUCAAACACAAUAAUUUCUCAAGUUUUGUUCGUCAGCUCAACACUUACGGAUUUCGAAAAGUAGUUCCUGAUCGUUGGGAGUUUUCUAACGACUGUUUCCGUCGAGGUGAGAAGAUUCUCCUUCGGGAUAUUCAACGACGGAAAAUCUCUCAGCCAGCUAUGGCCGCCGCAGCUGCUGCAGCGGCGGCGGCGGUAGCGGCUUCAGCUGUUACAGUUGCAGCGGUUCCGGCCAUAGCUCACACUGUAUCUCCGUCGAACUCUGGAGAAGAGCAGGUAAUAUCGUCUAACUCAUCACCUGCGGCUGCAGCCGCGACCACCGGAGGAGCGGCGGCGGUUGGUGCGGUUCUUCAGAGGACGACGAGCUGCACCACUACGCCGGAGCUGAUCGAGGAGAACGAGAGGUUGAGGAAAGAGAAUGUACAGUUGAGCCAAGAGCUGACGAAGCUUAAAGGAUUGUAUGCGAAUAUCUACUCGUUGAUGGCGAAUUUCACGACGGGUCAAGCGGAUUGUGCGAGUUUGUUACCGGAAGGGAAACCGUUGGAUCUUUUACCUGAGAGACAAGAGUUGAGUGAAGCCAUGGCAAUGGCUUCUAGGAUAGAAACAGGGAUUGGUUUGAAGCUUGAUGAGGAUUUGACACCGAGGUUGUUUGGGGUUUCGAUUGGUGUGAAGCGAGCUAGAAGAGACGAGGAGUUGGGUGCUGCAACAGAGGAAGAUGAUGAGGAGAUACGGGAAGGAGAACAAGGCUCUGAUGUCAAGUCAGAGCCGAUGGAGGAGAAGAACUCUAGUAACCAUAAUGGACCAUGGCUUGAACUCGGAAAAUGAAAAGAUUUUACCAAGUUGCAGGAAAACUGUCACUGAUUCCCAUUGAAAAGGCGAGUCAUUGGGCUGACCCCGAGCGGAAAAAUUGGAGCAAUGUGAGAUGUUUCACAAAUUAUACUGAGUUGAGGGUACAAAACACACAGAUCCUACCAUCCUGAGUUGUUCCUGAUCUCGGAUGUUGCUUCUUGAAUCUUCUUCUUGAUGGAGCUGAAACUAUUCUGGCUCGUUUGGCUCCAGCGGGAAGAUGUGCUUCUCACGAUUUCGGAUAAAACAGGCAGAUUCGAAGUUGGAUCUUCAUACUCUGCAAAAACAGCAGAGGAAUGGUUUUCUUAGACUUAUUGACAAUGUUGUUACAGAAUCCUUUAGUUCAAAACAAUUAAUUGUAGCUCUACUUGUAAUGAUCUUGAUGAAUUUUUUUAUUUCUUAGUUAAA